CCAGUCGGAAACUAGCGAAGCCCACCCACUCCGAAAGGCUGACCCUCAGGCAUUUCACUAGGCCGCAGUCGCGCGCGCUAACUCUCAUAGCGGGAAGAGGACUUGGCCCAACGUGCGAUAUGCAAGCCGGGAAGCCCAUCCUCUACUCCUAUUUCCGAAGCUCCUGCUCAUGGAGAGUUCGAAUUGCCCUGGCCUUGAAAGGCAUCAACUAUGAAACAGUACCUAUCAACCUCAUAAAGGAUGGGGGACAACAGUUUUCUGAAGAGUUUCAGGCACUGAAUCCCAUGAAGCAGGUGCCAGUCCUGAAGAUCGAUGGAAUCGUCAUUGGCCAGUCACUGGCCAUUAUUGAGUACCUGGAGGAGACUCGGCCUACUCCACCUCUCCUGCCUCAGGACCCAAAGAAGAGGGCAAGUGUGCGCAUGAUUUCUGACCUCCUCAGCAGUGGCAUCCAGCCCUUGCAGAACCUGUCUGUCCUGAAGCAGAUGGGAGAUAAUCCACAGCCUUGGGCCCAGAAGGUCAUCACUUCUGGCUUUAAUGCUCUGGAGAAGAUUCUGCAGAGCACGGCAGGGAAGUACUGUGUAGGAGAUGAGGUGUCCAUGGCUGAUCUGUGCUUAGUGCCUCAGGUGGCCAAUGCUGAAAGGUACAAGGUGGAUCUCACUCCCUACCCUACCAUCAGCCACAUCAACAAGACUCUGCUGGCCUUGGAGGCCUUCCAAGUGUCUCACCCCUCCCGGCAGCCUGACACUCCCACCGAACUGAGGGCCUAGCUCCCAACCUCUGCCCCAUUGAUGAAGGGAUAGAGUGCCACUCAUGUCAGAUACUGGGUGGGCUGAACAGGCCUGGAAAUGAGUGAGUCCUAACUGGGGAGACAGGAGACUUGAAGUCUAACUCUAGAUCUGCUUCCUCCCUGAACUUCAUCCUCCCUCAGACCUCUUCUCAUUGGUUGCAUGUCAGGAGGAGGGUGGGCAGAAGUGUUAGUUGUUAGCUAUGUCACAGGAAAGUCAUGAAAAUUAUGUGAGAUCAUUGGAUUAAAAUGACAGGCAAAUUGACCAAAGUAUCUUAAGGGACCUUGCCCUCUUCUUAUUGAACUUGACUCCAGAAAAUGUGUAUACUAGAAUGUGGUCUGAAGCUGAAAGUCAGACCUCCAGCUUGUUACUACUUAGCUAGGUUUCAGAAAGUGGUCCUUCCCCUCUUGCUGGGAUUUGUAGCUCGAAUCCUCAUGUCAGGGCUCACUAGAAAGAAAUAACUCUGAAGCCUGCCUGAGAAAAUUAGAAGGACCUGGGAAGGAAACAAGCAGGACAGAAGGCAUUGACCAGCUAAGAUCUAGGGCUAGGAAUAGUACUACUGCAAAGCCUUCCACUCUGGCACUUAAGAAGCAAAUUGGCCCUCUUAACCCAGGCCCUUAUCUUCAGGGGCAGCAUUCUCCUCAAUGAGUCCCAAGACUGGACAUUUUGGACAAAUCUAGUCAUGAAUAACCAUACUCCCCAUGGGCAAUAUGAACACUUAUUGACCAGCAGAUGACAAUUUAUCAUGUACUACUCUGGAGUGAGGAGCAGGAGGGGAAGGGAUCAAAUCUCCAUGUUUGGCAGUGCUCAGAGCCAGGACCAUCCCUUCAGAGACGUGGGAAGAUUGGGGUAGUCUGGGGGUGAAAUAAAAUGUCUUAUGACUCACA